AUGGCACCAAAGGGCAAAGAUUCCGGCAAAUCGUCCUCUGGCGGUGCCAAAGGCAAGGGCAAAGGCAAAGACGAUGAUGGCCCAGCAGCCAGUGGAAGUGGGAAGCUGAAAGCGGCUCAAUCCAUCAACGUCAGACACAUUUUGUGUGAAAAGCAUUCCAAGAAAGAGGAAGCCCUGGCAAAGUUGCGCGAAGGUGUCAAAUUCGAUGAGGUAGCAAGGGAGUUCUCAGAGGAUAAGGCCCGACAAGGUACGGAGUUUGCGACUUAUCGUCACCCUUUUCUUUGGCAGGUCCUCUGCGUCAGCCAGUCACUGAAUUCUUCAAAAUAA